UCCAGAGAUUGUUCCAUGAUGAAGUCCCCUAGAAAUAUCCAAGGCUUUUCUAACCUUAUUUAUUGAUUAUUGAUCAAGGAUUCAAAGUAGAGAAGUAGUAUAACUAUAACCCAAAACCUCUAUUGUCAAUACCAACUAGAAACUCUAUUGUCUAGCAUGGCUAUUUUCACUGUAGACCCAUUCAGGAGAUUCUUGUUGAGAGGUCCAAUCUUUCAAGAAUUCUCUGCAGGUUCAACAAUUGCCCCAUUGGAUUGGGUUGAAACACCUAAUACUCAUAUAUACAAGAUUAAUGUUCCAGGGUUUGGUAAAGAAGAUAUAAAAGUUCAGAUUGAAGAUGGAAACAUUAUGCAGAUUAAGGGAGAAGGUAAAAAGAAAGAGGAUUCCACUACAGAAGCUUACAAAGAUGCUAUUUAUCAUGUGGCAGAAAGAGGUCUGAUGACAACAAUGAAAGGAGCAGAUUUUUCUAGGACAAUAGAUUUGCCUGAGGAUGUUAAAAUUGAUCAGAUAAAGGCUGUUGUUGAGAAUGGGGUUCUUACAAUUGUUGUGCCUAAAGAUUUGAAUCCCAAGUCAUCAUCUUCUAAAGUUAAGAACAUAAACAUCUCUAGCAAACUUUGAAAAUGUACGACUAGUGUAGAUCUAGAGUCUGGAGACGACUGAAGAAUUGUAAUCAGUAAAGCUAUGAUAAAGAUCUUUUUUCUUUUGAAUUUUUUUA